GUUUCUCGCCCACUAAGAGUAGAGCACACUGCAAGGAAGCCAAGUCGUAAAAAAAGGACAGCCAUGCAAAACACCAGCAACUCCAUCAUUCAGCCUGUAGGAUUUUACAUUGUUGCACUGAGUUCAAUGCCUUACAGUAAUAUCUAUGUCAUGUUCCUCACUCUGCUUUAUGUGAUCACAGUCAUGUGCAAUGUCUUUCUGAUCACCAUCAUUUUCUAUGACCACCGUCUUCAUGUCCCAAAGUUCAUGGCUGUUGGUAAUCUAGCUUUGGUUGAUAUUGUACUCAGUACCUCUCUUGUGCCUGGCAUGAUCAAAACUUACAUUGUUCUGGACAAUUUUGUGCCAUUCAAACUGUGCCUUGUGCAAAUGUACACUUAUUAUGUUUUUUUAACACUCGAACCAUUAUCCUUAUGUAUUCUCUCUUAUGACAGGUUCAUUGCAAUCUGUUUCCCUCUAAGACAAGACAAUAUAAAUACAAACACCAGAAUGGUUUAUAUAGUCUGUGCAGCUUGGUUCUUUUGUAUUGUUAUAAUUCUGUAUCCUGUUGCAUCCAUCCCAUCUCUGUCCUUUUGUGGCUCUCUCAAGGUCAACAGCUAUUUUUGUGAUUAUGCUCCUGUUUUAAGACUCGCUUGUAGCGAUACAACAUCCCAGUGGAAUUUUGCAACUGCUUUAACUAUAAUAUUCAAUGCUGUACCUUUGACUUUUAUUUUCUUGACCUACAUGGGUAUUCUGACCGCUGUGUUCAGAAUGAAAAAUAAUCAGAGCCGUUAUAAGGCGCUGGCCACAUGCUCAGAGCACCUCAUAUUAGUGACCCUUUUCUUCAUUCCUAUUGUAAUCAUCUUCAGUCUUGGAUUUUUUGGAAUUAUUAUAAACUCAAAUGUAAGAACAGUGUGCUUGUCUCUGUCAUCCCUUCUCACACCCUGCAUCAAUCCCAUCCUCUACUCACUGAAAACUAAAGAGAUUCGAAGCAGGAUUCAUUCAUUGGUAACCCAGAGACUGUCUGUUCAUCCUCUAAAAAUACACAUUAAUGUACAACAUUGA